UACCUUGGAAAUAUUACAAGCAACUUUUUAUUUACAUGUUGAUACAAUAUUUUUAAGGUGACAUCCUAAAUCAAAAUAUCAGACAGAUAGAAAGUUAGAAAUACAUUAUAUAUCCAGGAUGGAAAACCCUGAUGCAAACGGUUUUGUCAAUAUCAACUGGCCUAGUAAAAAUAUACCACACGGUGGUAUUUUUCACACUCGUGUCGCAGAACCAACGGAAAACCAACGUCUUCUAUUAAAAGUACAGGUAGAAGAAUCUAAACUUACUAUCGCUCAGCGUCAAAAAGCUGCCCUAAAGCUGCGUGAAGAUGAAAGAAGAGCGGAAGAACAACCACAAGUUCGGAUGCCAAUCAUGGUCCGUCCGCGCACAUCCCGCAGGCGAUCGUUGUCCGCAAUUCGGGAAUCAGGCAUAUACGAUAUGGACAAGUAUCGACCAUUAAAACGCGGUGAAGAUAGAGAGAAAAUGAAAGAAAAACUCGCAAACACUAUGGCAUAUGGGGACAAUCAGGAACAAACCGUACAAGUUGUUACUACUGUCCCUAAAAAGCAAGCACCGAAGCUACCAUCUACAAAAGAAGUUUGGCAUGACUUGGUAACUCAAAUUCGCGAGCGAACCGAAUGGCUUGCGGAAAUGGAGUAUUUGGGGCAAGCGGGCCCACAUCGGGAUAUUAUAAAAGAUCAAAUAGCGGAAAGGAUGCGGGCUUUAGACGCUUUGGGUAUCGACAGUGAAUGUUCCACUCCCAAGUCUAGUGCUUCAGGGUUUAGUACGAGAAGAAGUCGAGAAGAUGUGCCGUUACGCCAACCCAUACCAGUUUCAGCUACUUCGACUAAAUCAAAUGGGAGUAAAGGAAAGCGUAGUGUUCGAGGAACGACGAGAGCCCAAAAGAAAGAAGAAAAUGUUGCCAGCUACACGCAAUUGUCGCCUUUACAGUAUUCGCCAAGACGUCGCGUUUAAGCUGAAAUUUGAACCCUCAUCCUAUACACUCAAAGUUCAGACUUAUUGUUCAAAUGAUAGGGUAGACUCUUUUGUAUCUAUGAAAAUAAAAUUUGAUAAAAAGUAUUCUUCUGCAGAGGGCCUACCACGACGUCUUACAAAUAUUAUUCGUAGUAGCGUGACAGCCCAAUACACAGCGCCGAGAGGCAUCUGUUUUGCACACCUAGACCCGGAGUAAUAUAGCUUUAAGAAGCGGCUGUAGGCCCCUGGAUGUAAAAUAUUGAAAUCUAAAAUCAGAGAAAUACUAAUGGUCCUAGGGUAAUUAAUUGGUUGUUGCUUAUUAUGUAUACUGAAACAUUUAUAUGCUGCUUACCAAAAUGCACGUUAACAACGAAAAUAGUGAAAUUUCAGUGAUUCUUGUCUCCAAUACCACAUUACUGAUUCUUCUUUAAAACACGCAAUAUUAUUUUUACGAACAUUAAUUUUAGCUCAAUUGUGAGCUACAAUGAAAAUAUUUAUUACAGAACUU